AUGAACAAUAGAAGUAGUAUGAGGGAAGAGAAUAGUGAAAAGACUGGAUGUAUUAAAGUACCGGAGAUACGUUGUGAGAUACCAAGGAUAAGACCCUUAAGUUAUGGAGAGGUUCUUGGAUGUACCUCACCUAAGAUCAAAGAAAGUAAAAUUUGUAUUUUUAUUGGAGAUGGGAGAUUCCAUUUAGAGAGUGUAAUGAUAAAUAACCCUAAAAUAGAAGGGUUUUAUAAAUAUUGUCCGUUUAGUAAAAAAAUGAGCAGAGAAAGGUAUGGCUAUGAGAAAAUGUUGAAGGUAAGAACGGAGGAGAAGAGAAGGGCUAUGAUGGGGAGAUCUUUUGGUGUAAUUUUGGGUACUUUAGGAAGACAGGGGAAUGGGGGUAUCUUUGAGGCUGUAUGGAGCUAUUUAAAAGAGAAGGGAUAUCUUUUGUAUCCCAUAAAAAUUAGAGAGAUAAACCAAGAAAUUUUGAAUUCCUUUCCUUUCAUCGACUCCUUCGUACAAAUUAGCUGUACAAGACUUAGCUUGGAUUGGGGUAGCUCCUAUCCUAAACCCUUACUGAACCCUUACGAAGUAUUCAACGAUUUGGAGGAGUACUCCAUGGAUUAUUACAGCAAUGAAAGAGCGGUGCCAUGGAGUAACUAUGGGGUAGAGAGAAAAGACUAA